AUGGAGAGUGGUAGAGUGGUAGAAAAAUUUGGUAGCUUCCACGUUCUUCAUUUCUUUCUAACGUGUUUACCAGCUCUCUUUAAUGCCAUGAGCAAUGUUAAUUUUGUUUUGCUUACUAGUGAUGUAAAUUACCGCUGCCGUGUCCCAGAAUGUGAAAGCAACAGACAAGAGUACAUGCCCACAUGGUGGCCCACAGCAGUCGAUCGUUGUUCCAGACCCGUCUUAAAUGGCACGAUAAAGACCACAUGCACUAAUACUUCUUUUAGUGAUGCCCUUGAGAAAUGUGAUGAAUGGAUCUACGAAACAAACAACACCGUAAUAGCUGAGUUAGGCCUGGCUUGCCAACCUAUAAAGGCAAAUAUGAUAGGCACGAUGCAUAACAUUGCGAUGGCCACAUCAAUGCUCCUAGCUGGAAGGAUAGCUGAUUGGAUUGGCCGCAAGCCAACUAUGAUUUUCUGUUCCGUUAGUACGUUUUUAGGGAUUUUCAAAACAUUAGCCCCAUCGUACUAUGUUUAUAUAGCAUUCGAAUUUUUAGAAGCAAUCGGUGCGGGAGGAAUCGUAACGGUUGGUUUAGUAAUUAUGAUCGAAACGUCCAACAAGAAAUAUCGCCUUCUCGGUGGCGUUUUAUUUGGAUAUUUUAUUUAUACAGGCGAAGUUAUUUUUGCGUGUUUAGCGAUGGUUAUUCCGUAUUGGAAAAACCUAUUGUACGCCGUUUACGCCCCGACCAUUUUGUUCCUCUUAUAUAUUCCUAUUUCCAAAGAGACUCUACGAUGGCUUAUCAUACACGAGAAAGUUGAUGAAGCAAAGCGUUUAAUAAAAACGAUUGUUAAAAUGAAUAAAGUAGAUAUAGAUCCAAACGACAUAGAUAAGAUGGACUUAGAAACGAUGAAAGUAGCUUGUGAAGUAGAAACAAUUGAAACUAAAGAAGGAUAUACAGACGCGUUUAAGUCUCCUGAGUUAGUGAAGAGAUUUUUGAUUGGAACUUUUUGUAGAUUUACGGUUGUGUUCAUUUAUUAUGGGUUAACUGUUAACUCUGUUGGGUUACCGGGGAAUAGGAAUAUGAAUUUUCUAUUGACGUCAUUGAUAUCGUAUCCCGGGGACUUCCUGUGUUUGAUAUUUAUGAAUAGAUUUGGGAGGAAGUUUCCACUUAUUUGCGGGUAUGCGCUGUGUGGAGUUACGUGUGUUCUCUUUGCAUUUGUACCGUCAGGUUUAAAUUGGCUCAAAAUAACAUUAUAUUUAAUAUCGAAAUUGGUAGUAGCGGCGUGCUACACUGGUGUUGUAACGUAUAUUAUAGAACUAUUUCCCACUAGUGUGAGGGGUUCUUUAUUUGGGUUGUGUAUUCUUUUUGCAUCUUUGGGAACCACUCUUGCUCCACUUACGCCUAGUUUAUCGACCAUCAUGAUGUCCAUAUGCUUUGGAUGUUCCGCAAUUACUUCAUCCAUACUUCUUUUCUUUGUUCCUGAAACGAAUAACAGACAAUUAGUGGAUACAGUUGAACAACUAGAAGACAUGAUGAGAGCUAAUAAGGAAAGAAGUGUGAAGUAUAGGAAUGGACAUGAAAACUGUGGUUUCGACCAUGACGAAGAAUCUCGCGCUCAUUAA